CUUCUCGACAAUGAAAAAAUGUAAACACAACUGUUUGCAACAGUUAUUGUCUUAUUUUGCAAAUUACCCACAAUGUGAUAAUAACUUGUAAUUAAAAAGGUGUUAUUUAACCUUUCACUACAGUGCAUUAUGUUUUAAAAGAGAAGUUAUAGUUCCUCCAAACAAAAACGAGAUAAAAAUGUUUACAGUUUGGUCAGCGAAAAUAAAUUGGUUUGGUUAUCUUAAUUAUACUACAUUAAAAAUUAACUUCCAAACAAAUCAGUUUUAUAGUCCAACUGUGUUUGUCGAUUGAUGAUUUUAUUGGUUUUUUGUUGAAAAGUUGUUUACCUAUUACGAAAUAAUUUAAUAUAACAAUGACGUUACAAUGCUGUGGAAGUAAUAACUUUUACUAAUUAUUGAUUGUAUUUAGAAGCAGCAGGAUCUUAGUUACGUUAAUACUGUGAUGAAUUUAUAUUUGUAAUCUGCUGGAAAACGUAGUGUAAGCAUGCCAAAUUAUAACUCCAUGGGAUCAAGAGAACCUAUAUGGACCCAAGUGGCUGAUCCUGAAGAUGGCUUAAGGGAUAUAGCUCAGGAAGAGAUUCAACAAAGUGAGAAUAUAUGUGGAAGUAGGAAAAAGCACAAUGGCAUAAAUACAUUUACAGCAACAGUAUUUAUUGCCGGAGAAAUGGCAGGAAGUGGUGUGUUGGCUCUACCAAGAGCUAUAGUUGAUGCAGGAUGGAUUGGUUUAAUCCUGCUAUUAGUUUUUUGCGGACUUGCCGCUUAUGGAGGGACAAGACUAGGCGAAUGUUGGGCUAUUUUGGAGGAAAGGUUCCAUGAGCAUCGUGGACGCUCAAGAAAUCCUUAUGCAACUAUUGCUCAAAGAGCUGUAGGCAAAUGGGGAAGGUAAGUUUUUUAAAAUUAUUAUUUUUUUUAAUUUGUAGGUGUAUGUAGUGCAAAUCAUAAUACUAUAAAUUAUCAAUUUUCUCAAAUUUAUUUAUAUUAUUUAUAUUUUCUNNAUAUCCUGAUCCUAAUAACUCCAUUUAUGUGGCUUGGGUCACCCAAAGAUUUUUGGGCCGUAGGAAUAUGUGCAACUUUAACAACUGCAAUUGCGUGUGUUUUAAUACUUACGCAAAUGAUGAUGGACGGCUUAAACAGAACCACCCCCGUGCCACAUAAAGUGCACGGUUUUCAUGAUUUUUUCCUGGCUUUCGGAGUACUACUAUUCGCAUUUGGUGGAGCUUCGACUUUUCCCACCAUCCAAAACGACAUGGCUGAUAGAAGUAAAUUUGCAACGAGUGUCACUUGUGCCUUUUCAGUAAUAUUAAUCCUGUACUUCCCCGUCAGUGCGGGAGGGUAUUUCGUUUACGGGGAUACGGUCGAUAUGAAUGUUAUCAGAUCAUUAUCAAAAACUGUUGUAGUAACAGCAGCAAAUAUCGCUAUGGCGAUUCAUCUGAUUUUGGCCUUCCUAAUCGUCAUUAAUCCCGUUUGUCAAGAAUUGGAGGAAUUCCUUAAAGUGCCUCAUUAUUAUCACUGGAAGCGGUGUAUAUUAAGAAGCGGAAUGGUAAUUGUUAUGCUUAUGGUUGGGGAAAGUAUUCCACAGUUUGGAAAAAUUCUGUCUUUAGUUGGAGGCUCGACUAUUACUUUAUUGACGUUUGUUUUUCCGCCUUACUUUUACAUAAAGUUGUGCAGCCAAAAGGAUCCUCUGUGGCCUAAAAGACAUAUUCCGGGUUAUUUAAAAGUUAUCCUAUGGGAAUUAAUUUUGAUAGGAAUAAUUGGUGGUUCAGCGUCGACUUACAGUGCAAUAAUUGACAUAUUUGGGGCAAAAGCAGUAAAUAAACCGUGUUACUGGCCUUGACUAUAAUAAGCUAAAGCAAAUUAUUUUAGACAAUUAGCUUUUUAUACAUUGUGAUAAAAGUCUUUUUAAUGUGAUAGACAUGUAAGAGAUUUUAAUUAAUAUUUUACAGGUAUAAAUGUUAUAGUUUAAUGAACUUUUUUACUGAAAACUUCGAUUACACAAUCACUGUUAUACAGUUAUUUGUUGUUUUUUAAGAACUGUUAUUUGAGCCACACUUUAAUCGAAAACGAUAUUACUUCUAGUGAAUAAAAUUAAUGUUUAUCUUGGAUAACAUUAAAACAACAAUAUUUGCACACGAUCAAAUGGCGAUAAAUAAAACAACGGGGUAUGAGAUUGUA